GUGUGACCGUUCAACACAAAACACCUUCGCAGUCUAAAAUUAUCGUUCCCACAGCAGGCAAGCGCGGCAAUGCAUCGUCUAACAGUUGAAUCCGAUCCCAAUGGCAAGCAGGAUCAAAGUGCUAACUCAGCGGAAGUGAUGCAUAGUCACGAGAAUAGCAGAAACCUAAAGGAAAUAGUGCAGCGCUGGAUCAGUUCCGAUCGAUUGUGCUAUUCCAUCGAGUUGAUCCCGAAAGAAGACUUUGUGCUGGAUUUGGGUCGCCUACAGACGCAGCCGUUGUUCUGUUCGCUGCCAUGGAUCUCCGAUAACAACCUUCAGUAUAGGCGUUUCGUCGAUACACCUAUGAUGAAAAUGACGGCCAAGAUCGUGCCCCACUGUACUGUGAUGAACCAUCUGUCCUGUUACAACAUCACCGAAGCUCAAGUGGAUAAGUUUGUGGAAAUGGGCAACUGGAAUCUGUUCGUGAUUCGCGGUGAUGCCGUAAGCGAAUCGCAAAGAUUUCAGCACUCCUCCGAUCUAGUCGAAUAUCUGCGGACGAAAAAUAACCCAGAACUGUGCAUUGCCGUUGGUGGUUAUCCUUAUGUGCACCCAGAGGCGCCGUCGUUGGAGUCUGACGUCUCGUAUCUAAAGAAGAAGGUCGAUCUGGGCGCAGACUUCAUUGUGACGCAAACCAUCUACGAUGCCGGUUCCUUCCUCAGCUACGUGGACGCGUGCCGUGCGGCCGGCAUCACGGUGCCCAUCGUGCCGGGAAUAUUUCUACCUCACUCGUACCAGCACCUGGAAACCGUGCUCGGUCUAACGCGUGUCAGCCCACCCCGGGAGGUGCAGGAACUGCUGCACAGCCACGCUCACGACGAACCGGACCAGUUCGAAGCCUUCGUGGUGAAGCACUUCGUCGAACUGGUGCGGACGCUCCGAACCGAGCGGCCAGACGAGGUGAAGCUAGUGCACUUUUUCACCUUCAACCGAUUGGAUUUGCUCAAGAAAGUUUUGGAUAAGAUUGUGGAUUUGUUUUAAGCGGCCGACCGUGACAAGCCCCCAGAGGGGGUAACGACCAUUGUUAUGAUAAUUGAUGAUUUAAUGAAUAAGCAAACGUUAUGAAAU